AGGUAAUCGACAGGGUUGUCGUGCUAUCCGGCUACAUCAUUAGCUGGUUAGCGCUCCCUUUUUAGACCAGAAUCCAACAUUUACAGCUGAGGAGGGGUUCAGAGAUACACAGCAGGCACCAUGUUAGUCCCUAUAUUCACCCUGAAGCUAAACCACAAGAUUAACCCUCGCAUGGUGACUGUUGGAAAAUUUGACGGAGUCCACCCAUGCCUUACUGCAGCCACACAGGCUGGAAAGGUUUUUAUCCAUAACCCUCAUGCUCGUGGUCAGAGACCUGUGGCCCACCGGCUGAGCCAGAGCACACAAGACUCUGACAUCUCACUCCUCAACAUCAACCAGGCAGUCACUUGUCUGACGGCAGGGACACUGGGACCAAACACCACUGGGGACACAUUGUUGGUGGGAUCCCAGACCAACCUGCUGGCCUAUGAUGUUCAUGACAAUGCUGACAUAUUCUACAGAGAGGUGACUGAUGGAGCCAAUGCUAUUGUUUUGGGGAAACUCGGCGACAUCCGGAGUCCUCUUGCCAUCAUCGGAGGAAACUGUGCCUUGCAAGGCUUUGACUAUGAGGGCAAUGACCAUUUCUGGACAGUAACUGGAGAUAAUGUCAGAUCUCUGGUGCUCUGUGACUUCACUGGGGAUGGGAAAAAUGAGCUCCUGGUAGGAUCGGAGGAUUUUGACAUCAGGGUGUUCAAAGAGGAUGAACUUGUGUCUGAAAUGACUGAAAAUGAGACAGUAACGUCACUGUGCCAUAUGCAUGGGAGCAGGUUUGGCUAUGCCCUGGCCAACGGCACCGUGGGAGUUUAUGACCGCAACGCACGUUACUGGAGGAUUAAGUCUAAGAAUCAUGCAAUGAGCAUCCACGCCUUUGACCUGAAUGCUGAUGGAGUGGUGGAGCUGAUCACUGGCUGGUCCAAUGGAAAGAUUGAUGCUCGUAGUGACCGCACAGGCGAGGUCAUCUUCAAAGACAACUUCUCCUCCUCUGUGGCCGGAGUGGUGGAGGGGGACUACAGGUUGGAUGGACAGAAGCAACUCAUCUGCACCUCCAUAGAGGGAGAGGUCCGUGGUUACCUGCCAGCCAGUAAAGACCUUAAGGGGAAUCUCAUGGACUCCAGUGCUGAACAGGACCUCAUUAGAGAGCUCAGCCAACGCAGACAGAAUCUGUUGCUGGAGUUACGCAACUAUGAAGAGAAUGCAAAGGUUAAUGUUUCAGGGUGUGUGUCAGAGACAAACAGUGGAAUGGGUGUGAUCCCAGCCAACACUCAGCUCCAGACGGCGCUGUCAGUGAGAGCGGCUACAGAAGCUCAGAAGGCUCAUGUAGAGCUCAGCAUUUCAACACCAAAUGAAACCAUCAUCCGUGCAGUGCUCAUCUUCGCAGAGGGGAUAUUUGAGGGGGAGAGUCACGUUGUCCACCCCAGCGCUCAGACGCAGGGUUUACCUACAUUGUUUACCGUCCCCCCAAAGGAUAUACCCGUAGACCUUCACAUUAAAGCCUUUGUGGGAGGGAAAACAAGCACCCAAUUCCACGUGUUUGAAAUCACCCGUCAGCUGCCUCGCUUCUCCAUGUAUGACAUCACAGUUGACUCCUCAGAUGCUCCGCCCACUGGACGGGUAACGUUCAGCAUCAACGACCGACCACAGCGGGUGGUGAUGUGGCUGAACCAGAACUUCUUACUUCCAGAAGGAGUAGACAGUCCUGACAUCACUUUUAAUUCACUAAGAGGAGGAGGACUAUUGUCCAUCAGUAUGGCCAGCAAUGGACAGAUCACUCUGAAAACGGAUGACAUUGACCUGGCCGGCGAUCUGGUCCAGUCACUGGCCUCCUUCUUCGCAAUAGAGGACUUGUCCGCAGAAGCAGACUUUCCCGGCUACUUUGAGGAGCUACGCACAACACUCACUGAGGUGGAUGAGUUCCACUCCGUCCAUCAGAAGUUAACUGCAGCCAUGGCCGACCACUCCAACUACAUCAGGAACAUGCUGGUGCAAGCAGAGGACGCUCGCCUUAUGGGAGACUUGACAACGAUGAAGAAGCGUUACAGAGAGCUGUACGAUCUAAACAGAGAUCUCAUCAACGAGUAUAAAAUCCGCUCUAACAACCACAAUGCACUACUGUCCCGCCUCAAGUCUGUCAACCAGGCCAUACAGCGGGCUGGUAGACUCCGAGUGGGUAAGCCCAAGAACCAAGUGAUCUCUGCCUGUCGAGACGCCAUCAAGAGCAACAACGUCAACGCGCUCUUCAGGAUCAUGAGAGCUGGCACUGCGUCCUCCUGAGGCUGGACGGAGAGGGAGGCAGGAUUGGACAAAUAGGUCGAAAGCACAAGUACAACAGAUCAGUACUGUAAUGUUGAACACCAUCUAUUUCCAGCAAGGAAGAGGACUAAACGUGGACAUGAAAAAGGGACCCUGUUGUAGCCUUAAUCUAUCUUUUUUCAUGAUUUAGGAAUAAGCAACAGCCUAACAAUUUGGCACCAGCUCCAAUUUUAAACUCGAAAUGCUGCAAGCUCGCAGAAAAAUGUCAGUGUAGAUCUGUGGCUGUUUGGAGGAGCUUGAUUUAGUGCGUUUGAAGCAUAGCAAGGUUGUCAAAAUUCGGUGUAGGAGUCAGAGAGUUCAGCUGGACCAAAAAAAGGGAGUUGGACACCUCCCCCAAACUAGGCGGGUUUCCAUUAACCCUGAAACUGUGCAAAUUGAAACGCAAAACUGCAUUGGAAACACUUUUCUUUGCUUUUAUAGGUCACAUAAUGCUAUGGCUAUGUGCUUGUUUGUAGGAACUGAUGCAGCAGGCGUUACAAGAGGUGUUAGUACAUCGCAUAACUCUUCAAAAGUCGAGCGGAACAUCCCGAAGUUUUGAAUCCACAAUUCUUCAGUGAAAUCGUGGACUAUCACCUCCCAUAAAUCCCUUAUACGUGGCCGCUCCCACGUAUAAGGGGCUUGCCUUUCCAUCAUUGCUCACGUAACACGCCUACGACGCCUUUGAUUGGAAAUAAUGACGGUUUGACCGGUGGCCGCAAUAGAAAUAAAUCUGCUAAUGUUUUGA